CUGCCCCCCCCACCCCCUACCGUUUUAUUUGUUGCCACAUUUCAUACAUUACAGGCAUUCAGUAAUUCAAGCGCGAUCGCCAAACACAAGCUCACACACAGCGAGGAACGGAAAUACGUUUGUGGAAUAUGUCACAAGGCGUUUAAACGUCAAGAUCACCUUGAUGCGCGCUCGUUGCGACGUCACUAUGAGAAUGCGCACCCAGAGGAAUACAGUCGAUGGCUUGUCCUGUCCCAAGCCACAAAUGGGGACACCAGUGCAAUCGCAGUCGCUGCCGCCGCGGCUUUGUUCUCUUCCUCCUCCUCCGGUUUGGACAAAGAGUCCACAGAACAAGCGGCCAAAGAGCUCCACAUGGAUCCGUCCACUUCGGCCGUUCUCACUAGCGUGCUGAACGGCCCGGUACGUGGUGUGCUCACUUCCAGCCUAAAUCGUGCGGCCGGCUGGGGCACGUCCAGUGAUGUUCUCAAAGCAGCACGAUCGGAAAGCGCAUCACCCGCCUCAACUUCAGCCAUCAAUGAACACCACGGUUGUUCAGUCUCUACCGCGACAUCACCCACGGGGCCCGGGGACACACUGGACCGAGAUGAGGACGAAACACACGAGACACGGCCACCAAUAAUGACUCUGACCGCGGAGAAUAUGGCUGCUGCAGCCAAAGUCGCAUUGAUAAUGGCUCAUCCGUUGGAAGCACCCAAACGGGUAGCCUGUGCGGUGUGUCAGAAACGGUUCAAAAAUCAGUCGGCACUGAACGGGCACAUGCGACUGCAUGGAGGAUACGGACCGGCCGGACUAGCCGUGUCUGGGGCCGCGCACGGUUCAACCGGUAGUAGUCAGGUGAAAACCGGUCGAUCGCAUCCACCGGAAGAUUGUUACAGCACCGGUCCCACGGCGAUGGAAUUCGAUGAUAAAUCGAAUGACAAAAUGGACACGACAGGCCCCGUCCAAUCGUCCCAGGUGAGCUCGGUACCAUCAUCAUCAUUAUCAUCAUCAGUCGAGCGAUUCGUUCGAGAUUCUUCGGGGCAAAAGAUGCUUUCCUAUGUUUCUGUGUAUGCACUAAAAAAGUGGGAUGCUUGUUUUCAAUUUUGGUGA